AUGAGAUUCUUCUUCCUUUUAGUAGUGAGUGUCGUGGCGGUGAACUCUAAGCCAGCGGGGGAGAAUGAUGUCCUUGGAUCGGUCAUCGGUGUUGUGAAGAAUUGUGCCGAGGGGGAUGUAUCCCUGUGCCUGAAGGAACGCGCGCUGAAAUAUGUAGAGAACAUCAACUCUGCUCGGGAGGUUAACAUCGCUGAUGGUAUCAGUCUCAUUGGCACUGGAUCUUCAAGGUCUGCCAGGUCCUUCGAGCCUCUACCCGAAGAACCAGUAGCCAGGGAGAACCAGGUGGAGUCCAGGCUGGUGGACGCGGCGGCCGAGUUCAUGGAAAACCAUAUCAUCCAACUACGCAUGCCAAAGAGCACUGUUGAAGAUGUCAAGCGGUCACUUGAAGAAGGCCGUGGCAAGAAGAAGAAGCUAAAGCAACUGCUGCCCAUCCUCGCUCUCCUCCAACUGAAGAUCCAGUCCCUCAUUCCCCUGUUCCUUGGUAUCAUCGCUUUCGCCGCCGUCAAGGGUCUGAUGCUGGCCAAGGCUGCCCUCUUGGCGUCUGCUCUGGUUCUGCUCAAGAAACUCCUCUCAAAGCAUGAGCAUCAUGAGAGCUACGAGGUUGUAGCCCACCCUCAUCAUGAGGAACAUUACAGCCAUGGAGGUGGCCAUGGAGGUUGGGGAAGAUCAUCACAGGAUCCUCAGACCCUCGCUUACAACGCCUACACGAACUAAAUGCCUAAGAUUUUAAGACUGUACUCGCAUCCUUAUUGGAUAUGUAGUCUAUAUCUUCGGUUAGUCUAG